GCUUCGGGCGCAGACAUCGGUGGUUCCGAGGCUCCCGUUAGUGCUAGUGCGGGACAGACGCCUCGGCCAGUCAGAGGUCCUGGUGGAGAGCGGGGACGCCCAGUUGCUUGCGUGGGUUCCCCGGGCCACGCCAGUACCCCGCGGGGGAGGUGGGCACCCGGACCCGCGCCGGUCGCAGGGCCCUUCCGCGCCCCCACAGCGCGCAAGUAAGCUGCCAGGCCUUGACUUUCCGCGGUGAUCGUCAUGGCGUCCCAGCCGAAUUCCUCGGCGAAGAAGAAAGAGGAGAAGGGGAAGAACAUCCAGGUGGUGGUGAGAUGCAGACCAUUUAAUUUGGCAGAACGGAAAGCUAGCGCCCAUUCUGUAGUAGAAUGUGAUCAAGUACGAAAAGAAGUUAGUGUACGAACUGGAGGAUUGGCUGACAAGAGCUCAAGGAAGACAUAUACUUUUGAUAUGGUUUUUGGAGCGUCUACUAAACAAAUUGAUGUUUACCGAAGUGUUGUUUGUCCAAUUCUGGAUGAAGUUAUUAUGGGUUACAAUUGCACUAUUUUUGCGUAUGGCCAAACUGGCACUGGAAAAACCUUUACAAUGGAAGGUGAGAGGUCACCGAAUGAAGAGUACACUUGGGAGGAGGAUCCCUUGGCUGGUAUAAUUCCACGUACUCUUCAUCAAAUUUUUGAGAAACUUACUGAUAAUGGUACUGAAUUUUCAGUCAAAGUGUCUCUGUUAGAAAUCUAUAAUGAAGAACUUUUUGAUCUCCUUAAUCCAUCUUCUGAUGUUUCUGAGAGACUACAGAUGUUUGAUGAUCCCCGUAACAAGAGGGGGGUGAUAAUCAAAGGUUUAGAAGAAAUUACAGUGCACAACAAGAAUGAAGUCUAUCAAAUUUUGGAGAAGGGGGCAGCAAAAAGGACAACUGCAGCAACUUUGAUGAAUGCAUACUCUAGUCGUUCCCACUCAGUUUUCUCUGUUACAAUACAUAUGAAAGAAACUACAAUUGAUGGAGAGGAGCUUGUUAAAAUUGGAAAGUUGAACUUGGUUGAUCUUGCUGGAAGUGAGAACAUUGGCCGUUCUGGUGCAGUUGACAAGAGAGCUCGGGAAGCUGGAAAUAUCAAUCAGUCCCUUUUGACUUUGGGAAGGGUUAUUACUGCUCUUGUAGAAAGAACACCUCAUGUUCCUUAUCGAGAAUCUAAACUAACUAGAAUCCUCCAGGAUUCCCUUGGAGGACGUACAAGAACAUCUAUAAUUGCAACGAUUUCUCCUGCAUCCCUCAAUCUUGAGGAAACUCUGAGUACAUUGGAAUAUGCUCAUAGAGCAAAGAACAUACUAAAUAAGCCUGAAGUUAACCAGAAACUCACCAAAAGAGCUCUUAUUAAGGAAUAUACAGAAGAGAUAGAGCGUCUGAAACGGGAUCUUGCUGCAGCCCGUGAGAAAAAUGGGGUCUACAUUUCUGAAGAAAAUUUUAGAGCCAUGAGUGGAAAAUUAACUGUCCAAGAAGAACAGAUUGUGGAACUGAUUGAAAAAAUUGGUGCUGUUGAGGAGGAGCUAAGUCGGGUUACAGAGUUGUUUAUGGAUAAUAAAAAUGAACUUGACCAGUGUAAAUCUGACCUGCAAAAUAAGACACAGGAACUUGAAACCACUCAGAAACAUUUACAAGAAACUAAAUUACAACUUGUUGAAGAAGAGUAUAUUACAUCAGCUUUGGAAUGUACUGAGGAGAAACUUCAUGAUGCUGCCAGCAGGUUGCUUACCACAGUUGAAGAAACUACAAAAGAUGUAUCUGGUCUCCAUUCCAAACUGGAUCGUAAGAAGGCAAUUGAUCAGCACAAUGCAGAAGCUCAGGAUGUUUUUGGCAAAAACCUGAAUAGUCUGUUUAAUAGGAUGGACGAAUUAAUUAAGGAUAGCAGCUCAAAACAAAAGGUCAUGCUAGAAGCUCACAAGACUUUGUUUGGUAACCUACUGUCUUCCAGUGUCUCUGCAUUAGACACAAUUACUACAACAGCACUGGAAUCGCUCACGUCUGUUCCAGAAAAUGUGUCUACACGUGUUUCUCAGAUUUCUAAUAUGAUAUUAAAAGAACAAUCAUUAGCAGCAGAAAGCAAAACUGUACUUCAAACAUUGAUUGAUCUACUUAAGACCGACCUUCUAAGUUCACUAGAAACAACUUUAUCCCCCACUGUGGUGUCUAUACUGAAAAUCAACAGUCAACUGAAGCAUAUUUUCAAGACUUCAUUGACCGUGGCUAGUAAGAUAGAAGAUCAGAAAAAGGAAAUGGAUGGCUUUCUCAGUAUGCUGUGUAGCAGUCUACAUGAACUACAAGAAAAUACGAUUUUGUCCUUGGCUGAAUCACAGAAGCUCUGUGAAAACCUAACUGAAGACCUAAAGAUGAUAAAAAAAAUCCAUUCACAGGAACUUGGCCAGUUAAUCAAUCUUUGGACAGAGAGAUUCUGUGCCUUGGAGGAAAAGUGUGAAAACAUCCAGAAACCACUUAGUAGUGUCCAAGAAAAUACAGAGCAGAAAUCUAAAGAUAUAAUCGGCAAAACAACCUCUUUUAAUAGACAGUUUUGUGCUGAUUGUGAUGGCUUAUCACAGGAACUCAGACAUUUUAACCAAGAAGGUACAAAACUGGUUGAAGAGUCUGUGAAGCACUGUGAUAAACUUAAUAGCAACCUGGAACUAGUAUCUCAAGAGACUGAACAGAGAUGCGAGGCUCUGAACAAAAGCACACUUUCUUUUUCUGAGCAGUGGGUAUCUUGCUUAAAUAUAAGGGAAGAAGAACUUCAGAGCUUACUGGAGGCUGUAAACCAAGGUUGUGAGGCUUCAAGUUCAGAGAUUACUGAAAAAUUAAAUGGACAUAAAGCAGCUAAUGAGAACCAGCGUAACAUGUUUUUUGAUCAGAUAACUACUGAUGAAGAAAAAUUAAUUGCACGAAGUCUAGAACUUAAUGAAACCAUAAAAAUUGGUUUGACUAAGCUUAAUUCCUUUCUACAACAGGAUCUGAAAUUGGAUAUCCCAACAGGUAUGACACCACAGAGGAAAAAUUACUUAUACCCAUCAACACUGGUGAGAACUGAACCACGUGAACAGCUCCUUGAUCAGUUGAAAAGGAAGCAACCUGAACUGUUAAUGAUGCUAAACUGUUCCGAAAACAACAAGGAGGAGAUCAGUCAGGACUUGGAUGAAGACAAGUCAGUUCUAGGGCACUCAAUAGAAGAACCUCCAAGUCAAGAGCCGUCUAUAGAUGCAAGUAUGGAUUGUUCAUCAAGUGGUGGGAUUCCAUUUUUCCAGCAUAAAAAAUCACAUGGAAAAGACAAAGAAAACAGGGGCAUUAAUUCAGUGGAGAGGUCUAAAGUGGAAGAAACUACAGAGCAUUCUGUUACACGGAGCAGGUUACCUCUACGAGCCCAGAUAAAUCUUUAGUUAACUUGAGGAUUGGUAAUUUUUAUUUUUAAGAAAAAUGAAAAAUAAAACCUAUAACUCCAGAACUUGAGCCUUAUGUAUAGAUGAAAAACGAAUGGAAAAUAUCAAGGCAAUACUGUAAAUUUAGUUGAAUUUAAUAUGUCUGCCCAUUUUUCUGUCAUCCCUAUAGUUCACUGUAUAUUACUAUGGGUUUGAGUAAAAUACUAUGGGUUUAUUAUUUGAGACUUGCAUUCAGUAAAUGUGUAAUUUUUAGCUUUUGAUAUAAAAUAGCCCUUUCUGGUAUAUUACUAGGCAGCACAUAUAUAAAAGUUGUAUAGUUCUUCUAGGCUUGAACUUAUCUGCUUGCUUCCUUCCCUAGACUUUUCCAGUCUGCAUUCUCAGCUCACUUUCUCCUUUUGCAUUUGUAGAGCUACAAAAUGGUAUUCAUUCUUAUUAUGAGAUAGCCUGAAUUUUAUCUAGAAGUCUUUAAUACUUUUCUGUGGUUCUGCCUAAAAUUACUGUCGCAAUAAACAUAACCCUGGAAGUAUUCCUUUUUUUAAUAUUUUUAGUCUGCUUCCCCCCAGAUGUAGAAGCACUCCUUUCUUUAUGAGGCCUUCACACAUUAGCCCCCACAGAGUUUGUAAAAAGCCAGCUUCUCCAUAAUAUCGAUCACUCUUAUGGGAGAACUACCAGGAACUCUGAUUAAUGGCUGUGUGGCCUUCAUUUUGUGCAGAGUUCUCAGUGAUUUAAAAGGGCUUUCUGAAGCUAAUAAUUAUGAUGAUAAUUUCUAUCCUCUUGUUUACCUGAGGAAACUUUAUCCUUUGUAUAUAAUAAAAUAUGUAUAUAUAUAUUUUUUUCUUUAUUGAAAUCUUAACCUGUAGAUGGGUCCUGACAAUUUUGAUCUAGCAGGCAAAUUUCUGGAAGUUGAGAUUUUUCAGCAUGAAGAACAAGCACACUUAGAAGGAAUAUAUGCAAAGGAAACAUUUGGUGCCCACAUCAAGUUAAGUGUAUAACUUUAAGGAGAUUUGACUGUGAUAGCUAAGUAAAGCCAAGCCCUGUUGGAGAUCAGAAAAUGUGCUACUUCAAAGAACUAAAUUUAGGAGCGCCCGGGUGGCUCAGUCAGUUAAGCGUCCAACUUUGGCUCAGGUCAUGAUCGUGCAGUUCAUGAGUUCAA